AUGCCAGUGUCCAAACAAGAAAGCCGCUUCAACGACAGUGCUGAUCAGCAGCGCCGUCUGUUCAAUAAUACUCAAAACCAAGAUUCGACACGCACACAGACUGCCUCUGCCAGUUCAACCCAGCAGAAACCACAGAAGAAGGAGCAGAACUUGGGUCCUAGUCAGUUGCUAGCCGAGCACAUGGAUGCCACGGGCAAUCCCGUUCCCGACACCCCUACGAAGCGCCCCAAGGACGAGGACUAUGAUGUUUUCCAAGCUAUGAAUGCGGAAACUGAAGAUUUUGAUUAA